GUAUUCCUCUUGAAGUGAAAUAUCUACUCUUGAGGUGUCUUGGGUCACUUCAUAGGUGAUUUUUAACUCCAUGCGGACUGGAAAAUUAAUUGAUGUCUAAAGAACAGCACAUAUUUUUGAGUAUGACAGCCAGUGCUCUGAAUAUCCUCUCACUCUUGUGUAACUUUAACUAUACGGGAGCUAUUUAGGGGGCUUUGACAGCAUUGUCUUUGCUGUAAAUGAACCACAUGACACUCUGGAGCUGAAUCAUGGUGGCGUGUCUCCAGCCGAAUAUCCCAGCAGUUGCUACUUUCAGUCUGCAGCAGCAGGUGCUGGAGUCCAGCACUGGGGCUGUUCUCUGAUUUGCCCCAUUGAGAUUCCACUGAAGCAUGCUGGGGCUAGGGGGAGCUAUUUUUAGAAUGGGGGUGGAUUGAAUUGCUCGGUCUUCACACCAGGAACCCUUUCUCUGCUCAGCCUUUUCUAGCCAGGACUUACUGCCAAAAGGACCUUUGGCGACCAUCUCCUUCCGUUGUCCGUAGACACUUUUGUUUUGGUGCCCUUACCCCUCUUUGACCAAGCUAUGGACCCCGAUGCCAUCAAGGAGGAGCUGCGGCUGUUUCAGAGCACUCUGCUCCAAGACGGGCUGAAAGAGCUUCUCAAUGAGAACAAGUUUGUGGACUGUACCCUGAAAGUCGGCGACCGUAGUUUCCCAUGCCAUCGGCUAAUCAUGGCCGCAUGCAGCCCUUACUUCAGGGAUAUCUUCUUCACUGAAGAUGGAAAGGAGGUGGAAAACACCAAAGAGGUAGUCCUAGAUGACAUCAACCCCUCUGUCCUGGACAUGAUCAUCCAAUACCUCUACUCAGCUGAGAUUGAUCUCACUGAUGACAAUGUGCAGGAUAUCAUCGCUGUGGCAAACAGAUUCCAAAUCCCUUCUGUCUUCACAGUCUGCGUCAAUUAUCUUCAGAAGAAACUCUCGCUGGGUAACUGCAUGGCCAUCUUCAGGAUGGGCCUGGUCCUCAGCUGUCCCAGACUUGCCGUUGCAGCACGAAAUUUCAUUGCAGAUCGCUUUGAGCUUCUCCACAAGGACGAGGAAUUCCUCAAGCUUGCGGCCCAUGAACUGUUCGCCGUCAUUGGCGGGGACUCGCUGAACGUUGAGAAAGAGGAGCUGGUGUUUGAGGCGGUCAUGGCCUGGGCCCGCCACGAUAAGGAGAAACGUGUUAAGGUCCUGAAGGACGCCUUCAACUGCAUCCGCUUCCGACUGAUGCCGGAGAAGUACUUCAAAGAAAAAGUGGAGAAUGACGAGAUCAUUAAAGCUGACCCGGAUCUCCAGAAGAUGAUCCAGGUCAUCAAGGACGCCUUCAUGGGGAAACUCCCCGACAAACCUGUGAAGAAAGAGGGUGAGGAGGGAGCAGGCAAGGAAGGAGAGGACGAAGACAGCCCAUUCCCCGGUUUCCUCAAUAACGACCGCAGACAUGGCAUGUUUGCUCGCGACUUCGUCUUGAUGAUCAAUGACACAGCAGCGGUGGCGUACGACGUCAACGAGAACGAAUGCUUCCUCGCUGCUAUGUCAGAGCAGGUCCCCCGUAACCACGUGAGCUUGGUGACGCAACAGAACCAGCUCUUCAUCAUUGGAGGACUGUUUGUGGAUGAGGAUAACAAGGACGUGCCUUUGCAGUGCUACUUCUACUUGUUUGAUCCCCUCACAUCUGAGUGGGUUGCCAUGCCACCCAUGCCUUCUCCACGAUGCCUUUUCAACAUCGGUGAGAGCCAGAACCUGCUGUUCGCUGUGGCUGGAAAGGACCUGCAGACCAACGAGUCGCUGGACACUGUGAUGUGCUACGAUGUUGAGAAGAUGAAAUGGACUGAAACGAAAAAGCUCCCCCUGAAGAUUCACGGCCACGCCGUCGUGUCACACAAAGGGCUGAUCUACUGCAUCGGAGGAAAAACGGAUGACAACAAAGCGCUCAACAAAGUGUUUGUGUACAACCACAAGCAGUCUGAGUGGAGGGAGAUGGCCGCCAUGAAGACACCCAGAGCCAUGUUCGGAGCCGUCAUCCACAAGGGGAAGAUCGUGGUGGCUGGCGGAGUGAACGAGGAGGGCCUCACCGCCUCAUGCGAGGCCUACGAUUUCACAACAAACAAGUGGGAACCCUUCACAGAUUUCCCCCAGGAGAGGAGCUCCAUCAACCUGGUGAGUACCGGCGGCCUGCUGUACGCCGUGGGCGGCUUCGCCAUGGUUCAGAUGGAGAACAAGGAAGUGGCUCCCACAGAGGUCACCGAUGUCUGGCAGUAUGAGGAUGACAAAAAGCAGUGGAGCGGCAUGCUGAGGGAGAUGCGCUAUGCGGCAGGCUCCUCCUGCGUGUCCGUCCGCCUCAACGCCGCCAGGAUGCCCAAGUUGUAGACGGAACCACUUUCCGUCUCGGGGCCUAUUUAACAGCUUCCAAAGACCCUCUCCUCCUCCUCCUCCUCCUCUUCCUCUUCAUCUUCUUCCUCCUGUGAAAUGCUUCUAAGGCGCUCGGUUGAUCUUUGACAUUAAUAUUUUUUUUUCUGAUUUUUAUCUGUACAAUCAAAGCUCCUUUCAGCUGCUGCUUCAAAGACGCCUCAUCCCCUCAGUGUUAAAAAAAAAAGUCACAAUUUAGUUGGCUCUCCAAAUCUCUGUUUACACAAUUUUAGCUCGUCUUUUGUAAAAAAAAAUAAAUAAAAAAAACCUUCUUCUUGC